UGUCUGCUACCCCGGGACCACCGCCCACCAGAAGUUUGGAACUCCAACAAGAUGGCUGCUGGUGUGAUACGGUCUGUCUGUGACUUCCGGUUGCCUCUACCAACACACCAGUCCUUCCUGCCCACAGACCUGGAGGCUCCAGAAACUUCUGAAGAGGAAGAAGAGGAGGAGGAGGAAGAAGAGGAGGAAGAGGGAGACCAGGAGCUGCAAGAUGAGGUGCCACAGGGCUGUAGACCAGACUCCCCGAGCUCAGGAGUGGCUCCCCAGAGUCCCAGCAGCCCUGAGACCCCAAUGCAGCUGCUGCGCUUCUCAGAGCUCAUCAGUGGCGACAUCCAGCGGUACUUUGGACGCAAGGACACAGGGCAAGACCCAGAUGCCCAGGAUGUCUAUUCUGACAGCCAACCAGCCAGCUGCUCUGCCCGGGAUCUGUACUAUGCUGACCUAGUAUGCCUGGCCCGGGAUGGGCCCCCGGAGGAUGAGGAGGCUCCUGAACUCGGUGUGCAUUUGCCUGGGGGGCCUGAGGGUCAGGUGCACAGGCUGGGCCCCAGAGGAGACAGGGUGCCACCACUGGGGCCCCUGGCCGAGCUCUUUGACUAUGGGCUUCUGCAGUUCUCCAGGCCCAGAGUGUCAGCUUGUCAAAGACUGAGGCUGGAGCGCAAGUACAGCCACAUUACCCCCAUGACCCAGAGGAAGUUGCCGCCAUCCUUCUGGAAGGAGCCUGUGCCCAGCCCCCUAGGCCUACUGCAUGCAGACACGCCGGAUUUCAGUGAUCUUCUGGCCAGCUGGUCUGCUGAGGGCAGCGCGGAGCUGCAGAGUGGAGGUGCCCAGGCUCUGGAGGGGACACAACUGACUGAGAUCUAAUGAGUGGGAGGGUCAGGAUUGUGCUGGGGUAGCAGGGGCCCUUUCUCGGGCACCCAGCCUCUCCUUCCUGUAGCCCAGGCACCUCCCCAGUGGGUCUAUCCAAGCAACCAAACAGUUGACGUCCCCCUCAAGAGAAGAGCAGGCCUGAGAGGAU